UUUGAAAAAAAUAUGAAUAAAAAAAAAAAGAAAAAAAAAGCCAAAGUCCAAUUCCAAGGAGGGAGAGAGAGAGAGAGAGAGUUGAAUCAGGGAGGAGCCAAACAUCGCAAAUUUAAAGCAGCCUCGGAGGAAUCCAAAGCCAAAAUCCAAGGAGGGGGAGAGAGAGAGAGAGAGCGAGCCACAGGACAGAAGAGAGUUCUGUCUUGCGGAGCUCCACCACUGCUCCAACGGCCUCCUUUCCUUUCUCUGCGCUUUAUCUCUCUUCAAGCAGGUUCAAGUGUUCUAGAAGCCUUAUUGAGAACUUUGUUUACUAUCCCAGGAAGCUUCUCUUCUGAUUUGACUGAGAAUUCAAGAUAUUGACUUCAAACUUCAGGUUUCUCAUCUGUUGGAAAAGGAUUUUGAAAUAUUCUGCACGAAAGCCGGAAAAUUGAGAUUUGUGGGCCGAAAUUGUGAUUAGUGUUCUGGGUGGUUGAGGAGCGGGAUAUUGGUAUGGCUGUUGCCAAGAGGAACAGCAACAGUGGAGCGUCAACAGGGCUGUGCAAUUGCUACAAAGUCGCUAGCUUGACUUCCUCCAUCUUAGAUGCAGACGAGACCUCAAAUCUAAAGGAUCGGUACAUUCUAGGAGAGCAAUUAGGUUGGGGGCAGUUUGGUGUUAUUAGGGUGUGCACCGAUAAGUUGACUGGAGAGGUCUUGGCAUGUAAGUCAAUUGCUAAAGAUCGAUUAGUGACCUCAGACGAUGUGCGAGGCAUUAAACUUGAGAUUGAAAUUAUGACCAGGUUAUCUGGGCACCCAAAUGUUGUAGAUCUUAAGGCGGUGUAUGAAGAGGAAGAGUAUGUUCAUUUGGUGAUGGAGCUUUGUGCAGGAGGGGAGCUUUUCCACCAGCUGGAGAAGCACGGACGAUUCCCUGAGUCUGAUGCCAGGGUUCUCUUUAGGCAUCUGAUUCGGGUAGUUCUAUAUUGUCACGAAAAUGGGGUUGUUCACAGAGAUUUGAAGCCAGAGAACAUCCUAUUGGCCACAAAAGCCUCCUCGUCUCCAAUCAAGUUGGCAGAUUUUGGUCUUGCAACCUACAUCAAGCCUGGGCAGAGUUUGCAUGGGUUAGUUGGGAGUCCGUUUUAUAUAGCUCCUGAGGUACUUGCAGGUAGCUAUAACCAGGCUGCAGAUGUCUGGAGUGCGGGUGUUGUUUUCUAUAUUCUUCUUAGUGGAAUGCCGCCAUUUUGGGGGAAGACAAAGUCACGGAUAUUUGAUGCUGUUAGGACAGCUGACCUGAGAUUCCCAUCUGAUCCCUGGGAUCGAAUUACUGGAUCAGCUAAGGAUUUGAUUAGAGCAAUGCUCUGUAAAGAUCCUUCACAAAGGCUCACGGCUCAGCAAGUUUUAGAUCAUCCUUGGAUGAGGGUUAAUGAACCAUAUCCUAAACUACCGAGUCAAUGUGAAAAUGGAGGCCGUGGAGAAUGUGAUGUAGCCGGCAGCUCAUUCUGUAUGUCCAGGAGUCAAGACAUCAGCUUUGGCUCUGCAUCAGCUAGUGUAUGUGAUGCCCAAUCACCUACAUUUACUUGUAGGUCAUCUUUUUCUGCUUUCAUGGUGGAACCAUUUACUCCCCAAUUAGCAUCCGGCGGGUUUUCAUUCUGUGGUGAUGGUGAUUCUAAUGGUUUGGAAUUCUCCUCCCCUAUUCCCUCCAUGCCAAGCUUUUCAUUCUUCAGCCCUAGUUCUUUGGUCGAGGAAGGUAGUUGUGCAAUAGAGUUCUCAGCCAGCAUAUCCAGAGUAGACACAAUUCAUGGAGAGACAAUCUCAGGGAAGCUGCUAUUAUUGCCAGAUUCUCUUUCAUUCGGACUUGAAACGAGACAAUUGGUUAACAAACCAGCCGAAGCUAUAAGGACAGGCGGAACAACUGGAUCUAGGACAUCAGCCAUUCACAGCAAGAGGAACCGUACUAUUGGACUUGGUGAGCACGAGCAAAUAGAUUUCAUGGUGACCGAAUCAAUCAUUCGUUGGUCAUCAUGCACACAUUAUCCUACAUCUCUGAGAUCUUCUCUUGUCUGUUAACCGUCUGGACCUGAAGCAGUAAAAGAUAAGGCGGAGGGCCCUGAUGCUCAUAUGAAGUCUAAAGUCCUUCAGCUCGUGCAUUGUAGCAAGCACAUAUGUUACCGUUUGGCUUAUUCCUAAUGUUUAGUGCCACUUUUCUCUUUAGUUUCAACUUCAAGUAGCUGGUCGUAUGAUGAGAGAUGUCUUCAUGAUAAGGGAGAGUGAAUUUCUGCUUUUACGGGUAGGUAGGAAAGGCAAUAGAUGGAGGUGGAGUGUUCCGAUGAAGUUUUGCUACGACGUCCGGAAACUGACAGGCUUCUGUAAGCUAAUGUAAUAUAUCGUUCAUGUCUGUUUCCAUGUCUGUGUUUCCACUCGGCUAAUUCGUGAUGUUUAGUGCCAUUUUUCAUGUUGGUAGCUUAAGAAGAGUGCUAUGUGAUGUAUGCCUAAUGAGCUUCUGCCCUUUCGUAUAAAGUCAUUGUUCACAGAA